UGCACGUGGCUUUUUUAUUUCUCUUCUUAAACGAUUUCUUUAUUUGAGUCUGUUUUUAUGCUCUUUGAAGACAUGCUUGUUUAAGUUGCUCUAAAAGUGCAACGCGCGGACAGUGUUUAUUUGGCUUGGGUAUGACUUUCUGUUUGCGGCGCUCUGUUUGGUAUAAUGCACACUUUAGUUACCAUGUAUUUGAACGCUUUUUAUGAUUACUUGGAAACUCAAGGAACAAACUAGACAGACGUGCAUGCUAAUAAAAAUAAUCUCACUUUCUCUUUUUCAACGACCACGUAUAAAAGUCGCAGAUUAAUUCCAAAAAGUUUUGGCUGCUCUCCUGAAACCAGUUUUCUGCUGGCGUUCGUGUCCAAAGGAGCGGAGGCGUGUUUUUACGAGAGUUGAUUGGGCAUAUUUUGGAUAAAUAAACAGUCUGCUGCUGCUUUAAAAUGACACCCCGCUGAGUGAGCGCGGCGUGUCUGUCUUUGGUGUUUCAAAACUUCUUUUUAAUAGUCUCGAUCUGGCGUGGGGAGCCGACACCAUAAAACCCUUUGACUCUGUGCGGUUUUGCGGCCGCCAUUAACAUGUUUUUACGUUUCCUCUAUCAGAAGAACACAUUAAACUUUUACUGUUUGAUUAUUUUGAGAAAAAAGAUGUGUGUAACAAGAAGAAGGGCUGAGCUGCGCGGCAUCUGCGUGUAAUUCUGUAAACACAUAUAUUCCAGACUCAAAUCGCGCGUCACGCGAAUGCUCGAAACCGGUCCGUAGUUUUCGGCAUGAAAGCCGCGAAGGGAAGGAUAAAAUUUCGCUCCAAGCACACGCACAAGAGGAAAAAAUAUUUGAUUCCUUGUAAGGUAGGCAACGCGCUGCACUUCCGUGCUCACCAAAUUGCAUUUCAAGUUCAUGCAAGGGGCAAUGAGUAGUGUAAUGAUAUUUAUAAUUUUAUGAUAUAUUAAAUUAAAUUUUUACUAGGAAAAUAAAAAAAUACAAUACAAAACUGAAAUCAUAUAAUCCAGAGUCAAGCUAAAUUGUUGAUCCUGUAUUAAUUUGACAAUUUGUUUCUUAAAACAAGAAUUUUUUGACAAAUAUGGAAAUCCAUUCUGUCAAGCGGUUCAAUUUUUUCUGUAAUAUUUACUAUUCUAUUCAUGGAGACGAAAAAAUAUAUUUUAAGUUCAUAUUCAUAUCGCAACAGUUCCAUCUUCAUAUCUUUCGAAAAGCGUACAUCGGAAAUAAUUAUUAUUGAAGCUGAGUUUUCAGUCGUGUUUCUGCAAUUUCCGCUGAAAUGAAUGAAAAAAAUGAGGGGUUGACAUUUCAAAGAUAGCAUUGGAAUGAAAUCAUUAUGAAACCUAUCUGGAGCUCUUGCGCGUUUGUAUGCAUCUGUCUGUGCAAAAAUUAAUUCCAACUCGCGUACUGCUGGUUUGUUAUUUCCGACUCUUCAUUCAUCCCGUGCGGCGGCAGAAGCAGCAGGUUCUGGCCGCGUGCCACAAUGUAGCAAUAAUUUAUUUCAUAUAAAACACACACGCACACAUCGCUGCAGAUGUCAUCGUCGCGAGAUCUGCUCCCGCGGCAUUAUUUCCUCUGCAAGCAGCUUUUUUGUCGUUGACAGCUCCGAUUCGGCUCUGCUGCGGAAUCAACUCUUUGGCUGCUCGCGCGGCACGGGUGGUCCCCCCGCUUUUUCUCGCGUCCUUUGGUGUGUUCAAUUUCUUCGAUAUGUUGAAUAUCCAAACACAUCAUGCAGCCACCGCCGAGUUGCUUUACUUUUUUGUGCGAGGAAUAUUUAAACUGGCGUUCCAACCGAUUGGUGGAGUGAGAGUUUUAUUAUCUCUGCGUCAGCGAGUUUGCCCCCUCUGCUCUGGUGGUCUCGCGCUCUGUCUGUUGCAAAUUGUAUGGAGCUGACGCUUUGCCAUCGCAUUGAAUGAACUCAAAAUAAACAAGAUACGAACGUAAAUUAAUUUUGAUAUGUGAGAGCAAAUAUUUUCUAGUGCAUAACAUUAAUUAACAAUUUAAAUCAUUUUACAGAUGAUUUAAUGAACAAAUUUAUUUCUCAGAGCUUUUACUGGCUUAUGAUUAUGAUGAAUGAAAAAAUAACUUUAAAUCUCAACUGGCCCAACGAAUCUCAUUAACACCAACCCUUACUCAAAAUUAAAUUCCAGCUGGCACAGAUGCUUUUGAAGGAUAUCUAAUUAACGUUAUGUUAAGCAUUAUAUUUUCCAGUUAUUUUAUUGCAGUAUGAUUUCUGUUCGCAUUUAUACACAACACAUUACAAAUAAUAUUGAGAAGCCUACAGAUAGUCGGAUACAUAAUUAUGUCUCAUUUUUGAAAGUUUUAAACAAAUCCUUUUGGAGUUUUUAAUUUGUAAAAUUAAUUUAUGGGGGAGUUUUUGUAGUUUUUAAUUUAAAUUUUCACAUUGCUUUAAUUUUUCGGAAAAUUUAUAGAUUUUGGGUCUUUUUUGUCAGCACGAAUUUCGUUAACAUGCUUUUCUAAAUCAGGUCCCAAGGGGGAAAAUCCAACACUGUUGGUACAUAAAUUACAAACACUAAGAAUUUGUUCUCAAACUCGAAACGUAUAUUGGAAAAGUGAUUUUUUUUCUUCAAUUUCCCCAAAAGCAUGGUGCAAGCCGCAGCAGAAUAAGCAGCAGACGCCAGAGCGACCCCAAUUUAUGGCGGCUGGCGGUCGCUGCGAUGGUUUAUGUUGUAAAACUUUUUCACACUUGUCCGAGAAGCUAAACAACAACAUUUGAGGGCCGCGACUGAGAGCUGGCCGGGGGAGGAAGAUAAAAUAUUCAAAGAGGCGUUUGCGCCGCGCGCCAGUGCCGAAGAUGCUGCCGCUGUCGCCGUACCUGUCUUACGGGCCCGCGGCAGGGUUCGCCCUACAAAGGGAGCUGCUUUCGUCACGCCUCUUCUUCCACCACCACCAGCAGCACCACCAGAAGCCACCCUACUCGUAUAUUGCCCUGAUCGCCAUGGCCAUCAACUCAACUCAGGACAGGAAAAUCACCCUGAAUGGCAUCUACAAUUUCAUCAUGGAUCGCUUCCCCUACUACCGGGACAACCGCCAGGGCUGGCAGAACUCCAUCAGACACAACCUGAGCCUCAAUGAGUGCUUCGUCAAAGUGCCAAGGGAGAAGGGGGCGCCUGGCAAAGGCUCCUUUUGGUCCCUUGACCCAAACUGCACCGAUAUGUUUGAACACGGCAAUUACAGGAGACGAAAACGGAAGCCUGCAUCAGUGAUGCCACGAGUUUCAAGAGGCACACCUAGUGUUCGCGACGUGGUAGGAACUUCAACGAGUGAUAAAGGCAAAAGGGUUGUCCUCAAGAAUGACGAGAUCGCUACCAAUUACGAGCCAGAUACAAAGCAGUUUUCCACCAAAGCAUCCCUCUUCACGAUUGAGAAUUUAAUCAAGAAAUCGCCGUCGGACGCCACAGACAACGAAGAGAGGCAUCGCAGUUGGAGCGAGGACGACAUCGCAACCCUCCGCUUUUAUCAGCAGCAAGUUGUCAAAGAAUGGUGGCCUGCAGUGUGUACUUCGAGUUAGAAAAAUGUCUAACAAGAGAAUAUUUAAGGUGGUGCACGCGCGCUCUGGGCGAAUGCAAAUAGAACAAUGGCUUUCGUAACUUGCAGGGGCGUCGCUUGUGCAACUUUUAGCGCUGAAAUGGAAAUCAGAUCGUAAGAAGAGACACGGUGUGUAUGUGUUUGUGAGAGUGUGCAAUCUCGACGAAGCGACAGAACACAGCAAGACUGGCGCUGAGCGGCUUUUACAUAGAUUAGGUUCGCAACUCUCGUCCUUAUUUUGUUUAUUGAAAAGUUUCUCCCAGGCUUAUAAGCUGAUUUGUGAUGCGAGUUAACUCGACAAGCCACUACAUAGAAGUCGAAACUUUGUUGUCGUCUAGCUCUGCACAAAGGUGGUUUUCUUGUGUUUGCGUCGGUGGUUGACAGUGUAGAUAUAAAUUAAAGGCAGACUCAACUUU